AUGUUCGGAAGCCUCGGAAAGAUCCCGGUCAUCGGCGACCUGACGGGCAGCAACAAGAAUGCGCACCUCAAGGGCAACGUGGUGCUCAUGCGCAAGACCGUCCUCGGCUUCGACGUCACUAGCAUGGCCAGCGCCGUCAUCGACGGCGUCGGCGAGUUCCUCGGCCGCGGCGUCACCUGCCAGCUCAUCAGCUCCACCGUCGUCGACCCCAACAACGGGAACCGCGGGAAGGUGGGCGCGGAGGCGAGCCUGGAGCAGUGGCUGCUGCAGCCGCCGCCGCUGCUGUCCGGCGAGAACCAGUUCCACGUCACCUUCGACUGGGAGGUGGAGAAGCACGGCGUCCCGGGCGCCAUCAUCGUCAAGAACAACCACGCGUCCGAGUUCUUCCUCAAGACCAUCACCAUCGACGACGUCCCCGGCCACGGCACCGUCGUCUUCGUCGCCAACUCAUGGAUCUACCCGCAGUACAAGUACCGCUACAACCGCGUCUUCUUCUCCAACGACACGUACCUGCCCAGCCAGAUGCCGGCGGCGCUGAAGCCAUACCGCGACGACGAGCUCCGGAACCUGAGGGGCGACGACCAGCAGGGGCCAUACCAGGAGCACGACCGCGUCUACCGCUACGACGUCUACAACGACCUCGGCAACCCCGACGGCGGGAACCCGCGCCCCGUCCUCGGCGGCUCCAAGGACCACCCCUACCCGCGCCGCGGCCGCACGGGCCGGAAGCCGACGCAGACAGACCCCAGCAGCGAGAGCAGGCUGACGCUGACCGACGGCGACGUCUACGUGCCGCGUGACGAGCGGUUCGGCCACAUCAAGAACUCCGACUUCUAUGGCUACACGAUCAAGGCGUUCGCCGACGGCCUGGUGCCCAUCCUCCAAGGCUACUUCCUCGGCCUUGAGUUCAACUCCUUCAAGGACAUCCUGCGGCUGUACGAGGGCGGGAUCAAGCUGCCCGACAUCCCCGCCCUCGAGGAGUUCCGGAAGCAGUUCCCCCUCCAGAUGGUCAAGGACCUCAUGCCCGCCGGCGGCGACUACGUCCUCAAGCUCCCCAUGCCCAAAAUCAUCAAAGAGGACAAGAAAGCUUGGAUGAGUGACGAGGAGUUCGCAAGGGAGAGCCUCGCCGGCGUGAACCCCCUGAUCAUCAGGCGUCUCACGGAGUUCCCUCCGAAAAGCACCCUUGACCCGAGCAAGUACGGCGACCAGACGAGCACCAUCACGGAGGCGCACAUCGCGGGGAGCCUGGAGGGCCUCACCGUGCAGCAGGCGCUGGACAGCAACCGGCUCUACAUCCUGGACCACCACGACCACUACAUGCCGUUCCUGAUCGAGGUCAACAGCCUGGACGACAACUUCAUCUACGCCACCCGGACGCUGCUGUUCCUGCGCGGCAACGGCACGCUCGCGCCGGUGGCAAUCGAGAUGAGCCUCCCCGAGCUCCGGGACGGCAUCACCGCCGCGAAGAGCACGGUGUACACGCCGGUGCCGCCGACGGCCGGCGCGGAGGCGUGGGUGUGGCACCUGGCCAAGGCCUACGUCAACGUGAACGACUACUGCUGGCACCAGGGCAUCAGCCACUGGCUCAACACGCACGCCGUGAUGGAGCCGUUCGUGAUCGCCACCAACCGGCAGCUCAGCGUGACGCACCCCGUGCACAGGCUGCUGCUGCCGCACUACCGCGACACCAUGAACAUCAACGCGCUCGCGCGACAGAAGCUCAUCAACGCCGGCGGCAUCUUCGAGAUGACCGUCUUCCCGCGCAAGUACGCCAUCGAGAUCUCCUCCAAAGUCUACGGCAGCUGGAACUUCGCCGAGCAGGCCCUCCCCGACGACCUCAUCAAGCGAGGCAUGGCCGUUCCAGAUCCGUCGAGCCCCUACAAGGUGCGGCUGCUGAUCGAGGACUACCCGUACGCGUCGGACGGGCUGGCCGUCUGGCACGCCAUCGAGCAGUGGGUGACGGAGUACCUGGGCAUCUACUACCCCAACGACGGCGUGCUGCAGGCGGACGUGGAGCUGCAGGCGUGGUGGAAGGAGGCGCGCGAGGUCGGGCACGCCGACCUCAAGGACGAGCCCUGGUGGCCCAAGAUGCAGACGGUGCCAGAGCUCGUCAAGGCCUGCACCACCAUCAUCUGGAUCGCGUCGGCGCUGCACGCCGCCGUCAACUUCGGGCAGUACCCGUACUGCGGGUACCACCCGAACCGGCCGUCCGUGAGCCGGCGGCCCAUGCCGGUGCCGGGCUCCGACGCGUACAAGGAGCUGGAGAAGAACCCGGAGAAGUUCUUCGUUCGCUCCAUCACCACGCAGUUCCAGGCCGUCGUCGGCAUCUCGCUGCUGGAGAUCCUGUCCAGCCACUCCUCCGACGAGGUGUACCUCGGCCAGCGCGACACCAAGGAGUGGACGUCGGACGCCAAGGCGCAGGAGGCGUUCAAGCGAUUCGGGGCGCAGCUGAUCGAGAUCGAGAAACGCGUGGAGGCCAUGAACAAGGACCCACGCUACAAGAACCGGUACAGCGAGGCCCAGUUCCCCUACACGCUGCUCUUCCCCAACACCUCCGACAACAAGGGCGACAACGCCGGCGUCACCGCCAAGGGCAUCCCCAACAGCAUCUCCAUCUGA